CUUUCAAACAGAAAGCAGUCAGUCGCCAGCCGACCGUGCAGCACGGGCUAGUGAGUUAUGUUGUUAUGUUUUACGGAGGAACUACUCGCCUUCGCAAACCUGUAAACGCGCUUGAAAAUGUGAAUGGUGGAUGGCUCUCGAGGCAGUAACGGCCGGUUGCGUCCUGCUGUAAUCAACGGAAUAUCAGAAGCUUCGGGGGAUGCGAAAGCCGGUGGAUGCUGAGGAUGUCGAUGAGACCGUCCUGGGGGCCGAAGUUGUUUCUCGUGCUGAUCGCGACCACGAUCGUUAUCGGCAAUUAUCAGCGUCAUCGCGAGAGAACUCAUUUGCGCGAGCAACUCGUUAACGGCAGUAAAGCAACGAAGAACAUCACGCGCUUACAGGAAGAAAUUAUUGCUAACCUGCCACCUCUUCGAAUCCCUCGGCUGAGGCAUCAUCGAGUGACAGACUGGGAUCCUUACUUCGAGAAUGCUGAGGGUCAGGGUAUCAACGGAUCGCAAAAUGUGGCACUGCACCUUGGUGCAACGGCUCUCCUCGAUUGUCGCGUUGCUAUGCUCUCUGGAAAGAAGGUCAUGUGGUUACGUCGCAACGCCGACUGGGCAUCCCUAUUAACCCUGGGUAAUACCACUCACAUUUCCGAUCCCAGGUACAGCGUUAGCUUCCAAUAUCCGAACAACUGGAGGCUAGCGAUCACCGGGGUACGAAGGGAAGAUCGUGGACUCUAUGUCUGUCAAGUGAAUACGCAUCCACCCAGAAUGCUCGUCACUAACGUAACUGUUUUAGCCCCAGACAUUAGAAUCGUGGACGAGGCCCGGCAUGAGCUACGCGAUCGGUACUACAAAACCGGAAGCGGUAUCGAGUUGACCUGCGUCGCUCGACCAUCACGGUCCGACUCGAAGAUCCCGCAUCCCAUCUGGAGAAAGAAUGGCCAGAUGUUACCGGAUCACGUGAACGUUUUUCAUAUUAAUGGGUCGAACGAAGAUUUGGUGACCAAGCUGUAUAUCGAGCAGGCGAAAAAGACUGACAGUGGCGAAUAUUCGUGUUCAGUUAGCCAAUUCAGCACCGCCGCGGUACAUAUUCACGUCCUGAAUGGCGAGAAGCAGGCAGCUGUUCACCAUGAUCAAUGGAACGCGGCGCGAAGGAAUCAUCAGGAGAAAUAUGACAAGCUGUACAUCAUGACCACCAGUCUUCUCAUCCUCCGGACUAGUCUGUUCAGUUGGUUGUAAACUUCAUUACAAUAAUUUCGAGCUACGACAUCACGCCAUCGUCACGAAAUUCUGGGUGUCUGUUAAAAAAGUGUUUCAGCAACAAAUCAGUAUUACGAUAUAAAACUGCCGAAUAAAUUAUGUAUUGUACGCGAUAAGUUAUUGUUAUAUACAUCAGUUGCAAAAGUGCAUACGGACGACGUUAUUAACGUUGAACCUGGCUCAUUCGGAUCUGAUGAGAUAUCUCGCGGAACCUGAAAAAUGCAUGUUACUGUUCAUUCACAAAGUAAACAUAUCAAUAAAUGUAAAAAGUACCCUUCACUGUAAAAACACAGACGACGAUAUUUAUAAUGGAUUUGUUAAUUGGAGACGACAAUUUAGCUCCUGAUUGAUGUCUGAACAAAUUUUAAAUAUUUAUAUCUCUUUGUUCAUUUAUUAAAAAAAACUUCUAUUGGAAGUAAUACAAGACAUCAUCACAUUGUUCGCAAGACACGAAAGUGGCGAAAUUUUUACAAAUUUUUAAUCACCAAUUGAAAUGUUUAGUUGUUAAUGUCUCCAGUUAAUAUAUUAAUUAGCAUGUAACAAUUACGUUAAAACCAGAAAAUCAUUGUAAUAUGCAUUUGUUAGGUCACACGUAAUUGUUCCCGAUAAACAUCAAAUGACUAAUAGAUAUAGUAGUUUGAAUAAUUAAUUGUAAACGUUCCGCUCUUUUCUUCUCAAUGGCCUGUACAUAACUAUUGUAUAGAUGGGAAAACAAUGUGCUUGAUUGAUCGACGUGUUGCAAUUACAAUUGUAAGUUACUACAAAUGUGCGAAUCGCUUCCCCCUUUAAAUGUAUAUGGAGAUUGCCCGAUUUAUAUCGAUCAAUUUAGCAACAUGCAUAUGUUCUCGAAUAAUAAACUGUCAUAAACUAAUUUCAUCUAACAGUU